GGAGCGGCUCGGGCGGCGGCUGGCGGUGGUCGGUGCCCGGCGGUGGUCGGUGCCCGGGCCAUGCACUCCCUCGCCCAGGAGAUCCGCAGCUUCUCUAGGGCCAACCUGCGGAAGCAGCGCACCCGCGUGACGACGCUGACCGGACGGAGAAUUAUCGAGACGUGGCGCGGCGCCUGCCUGCAGGUGGAGGAGGACGAGGAGGUGGCUCCUGGCGGCGGCGGCUACGUACCGGACCUCAGCGCCGACCUCCAGGUCGGCGUGGUGAAGCCCUGGUUGCUGCUGGGGUCGCAGGACGCGGCGCACGACCUGGAGACCAUGAGGAAGCACAAGGUUACUCAUGUUCUAAAUGUGGCAUAUGGAGUACAAAAUGCCUUCCUUGAUGACUUUACAUACAAGACUAUUUCUAUUCUGGACCUCCCAGAAACUGAUAUUACCUCCUAUUUCCCAGAAUGUUUUGAGUUUAUUGAGACAGCCAAGAUCCAGGAUGGUGUGGUACUGGUCCACUGUAAUGCAGGAGUCUCUCGUGCAGCGGCAGUAGUCAUUGGUUUUCUAAUGAAUUCAGAAAGACUGAGUUUUGCUAGAGCCUUUUCCAUAGUGAAAAAUGCAAGGCCUGCAGCUUGUCCAAAUCCUGGCUUCAUGGAGCAGCUUCACAAGUACCAAGAACAGAACAUAAAGGCAAAUGGAAGCAUAACUGACCACAACUGAUCAAAAGGGAGAAGUGAAACAAUCUGUUUUGGCUAUACAGUAACAGGUGUUGGAUGUACUUUAAUCUCUCCUUUUGCAGUCCCCUUUCACAUGUGUAUUUUAAAGUUUUUCUCUAUGGUUUUUUUUUUUUUCCUGUGUCCCUCUUUCAACCCCCCCCCUUCUAUUUUUUUCAGCAUAUAGCGUAUACAAAGGCUGGACGGUAUUCCACAGAGUUCAGAGAUGAUUUUGCACAAGAACAAGCUCUUCCUAGAGCGCUAAUAAAAAAGAUAAAGUUCAAUUUUCCUUGAUAUAUUAGAAAAAACACCAGAAUGAUGGCUUUUUAUUGAACCAUCAGAAAAUGUAGGCAAUAGAGAAAGGGAAUAAAAUAACCAAGGUAAGUUUCCACAUUCACUUUAAUACUAAACCAAAUCUCUGCAUUCUACUUAGUUAUAAAAUCUAGACAAUGAAAUGUUCAUGUAAUAAACUACCUUCAUAUUGGUUUUUAAAUGUAUAUUGCAACUAAAGAGGAUUUUAUUGAAUUUUGUGGGCUAGUCAGUCAUUAAAUCUUUUUGGAAAUUAAAACAGAUGGUCUUUUGAGGAUGCUCAGGAUGCGUAGGACGCUUUAAUGCUUCAUGUUUUUCUACUGUUUCUCACCAAGUAAUGAUUUGAAGUGCAUUAACAUUUUCAAAGCGCUGGAACCAGGCUAUUGGGGUUUUUUUUUGUAGAUCAUUUCGGUGGAAAUACAAAAAAUGUUUAUAACAACCUAUCUCUGCCUCGCUGCUAUUGCCUUUACUUUGCAUUUGGUCCUCAUUUGCUGUCCCCUCACUCCGUUCCACAUCCUGGAUAAAGAACAGACAUCAUGGGGUGGGUAACUUUGACCUUCCUGAGAGAUCUCGGGCUGGAAUUUACUGUCUUAAGAUGGCCUGUUUAAAAAAAAGAACAAUCUGUAAAAGAUUUUAAUAGUAUUUUUUUGUGGCCCUCCUGCCGGUUCUAAAUGG